AUGUUGACCAACUCGAAAGAAACCAAACCCACCUUCUUGGUCACACUCCCCGAAGAGCUCAUCGAAGCAGUGCUGGCUCACUGCCAUGACCCUUCUCGGCUCGUGAGAACAUGCAAGCUGCUGCACACCAUAGGCGCUCGACCGGGGAUGCGGGCAAAGUGGUUCCUGCAGAAGUAUGGUCCGGCGGAUGCAGUGCAGGGCUCGCUUAGAUGGACAAAAUUGCUCUCUGUAGAGGCUUUGGAGCUGGUAUUCAAGUUCGUGCCCGUUGUUCCCAGAUAUGUCAUCCAGAGGGCGCUCACCCGCUUCCAACACACCAACCAAGCUCAUCUGGUGGUACCGCUGCUCAAAUACGGCCUAACCCACUACGACGAUCUGUCGCUGCACAAAAACGAUGGCCAGACGUUCAAAGAGCUCCUGCCCUAUGCCUCCGGUCUGCAUAUUCACACACCUCCGUUCCUCACGGUUGCACGCCUGGAGACGAUGGAGAAGCUGGUGAUACAGUACAGAUUCGAUGUCAAUUUCUGCAAGUGGAAUCCGACCACGGGGACGCCGUUGCUGUUCACCAAUGAAGGCUUUCGCGUAUUCCUCACAGCGGUCGCCAGCGGCAACUCCAUGCUGGUCAAGGCCCUGCUGAAACACAAGAUGGUUACGCAUGUCCACCGCUUUAUCAACCCGUACACAGGUUUAUCGACCACUCCAUUUGAAGUCAUGACGCACUUGUUCGACGCGGGUCCGCAUUGGGAAGAAACGUUCUUCGCGCCGGAGUUGCGGACGUAUUUGAGGAAGACCACGGAAGCACUUCUGCUCGCCACAAAGAACAAGCAUCUCCACAUCAUGAAGCUCCUCCUAACGCACGAUCUGGACAGAUGGGAUACAUCAGACGGAGUAGAAGUUCUCUCGUGCUGCCUUCAACUCGCGGUGGACGAGUCCUUCGAGUUUGGCGUCGAGCUGCUCACGGAGUACUUAGGUGCCAACCCACCGCCGAAAUCAGACCUCGCCCUCAAGAGAGCCCUGCGGCGUGCAUGCCUCGACGGGGAUCUCAAAGGCGUGAAGAUGCUCAUCAAGGAGGGGGCAUCGUUCGAAAACAUCCAGAACGACUUUGUGUUUGGGAUGGAUCCGUUGAAACAUAUCAUUGCGUUGGAAAAGGCGGAGAUCUUCCAGUACCUCAUCAAGAACCUGGAAUGGGAUCGGGAACGGCUCUCCCAACUCCUAACCUACGCCAUCGACUGCAGCUCCUCCGACAGCGUCCGCUUCCUCCUCCGCCCCCGCGGCAACAAACAAAUGCCCACCGUAACCGAACGCCACCUCCGCCGCUGCGUAGUCCACGCCAACGCCGACCUGAUGCCCAUCCUCUUGCGCACCAUCGAAAAACAGGUCCCGGAUAAAGUCAUCCCGGGCUUCAACGCCGUCCUCCGCCUUGCGCAACGCCGCGCUGUGAUACAGACUCAAAGUAGGGUGCAGAUUGUGCACUUGCUUGAGGAAUAUUUUGGGAGGGCCACGGAAAAGGCGAGGUCGUGGAAGGCGAAGACGGCGAAACGGAAGGGGUCGAGUGGGAGUACGGGGAGUAGCAGCAGUAAGGGCCGCGAGGCGGGGUUGGGAGUCGCGCCGAAUUCAGGGGUGGUUAAGAAGAAUGUUGUGAGGAAUACGAUGACGUCGAGGCGGGCUAGUGAGGCGCAGAGUUCGCUGCAGUGA